UCGACAUGAGGCUCCUGACAAAACACAAACCCCUGCCACUCUCCGGCCGGCCGCCCACCGCUUCCUCCUCCGCGCAGCGCCGCCCAGCCUCGCCCUCGCCGCCACCAUGAGCCAGGCCUACUCGUCCAGCCAGCGCGUGUCCUCCUACCGCCGCACCUUCGGCGGGGCCCCGGGCUUCCCGCUCGGCUCCCCGCUGAGCUCGCCGGUGUUCCCGCGUGCGGGCUUCGGCACCAAGGGCUCCUCGAGCUCGGUGACAUCCCGCGUGUACCAGGUGUCGCGCACGUCGGGCGGGGCCGGGGGCCUGGGGUCGCUGCGGGCCAGCCGGCUGGGGGCAACCCGCGCGCCCUCCUCCUACGGCGCGGGCGAGCUGCUGGACUUCUCGCUGGCCGACGCCGUGAACCAGGAGUUCCUGACCACGCGCACCAACGAGAAGGUGGAGCUUCAGGAGCUCAACGAUCGCUUCGCCAACUACAUAGAGAAGGUGCGCUUCCUGGAGCAGCAGAACGCGGCGCUCGCUGCCGAGGUGAACCGGCUCAAGGGCCGGGAGCCGACGCGGGUGGCCGAGAUCUACGAGGAGGAGCUGCGCGAGCUGCGGCGCCAGGUGGAGGUGCUCACCAACCAGCGCGCCCGCGUCGACGUCGAGCGGGACAACCUGCUGGACGACCUGCAGCGGCUCAAGGCCAAGAUGCAAGAGGAAAUUCAGCUGAAAGAAGAAGCGGAGAACAAUUUGGCUGCUUUCCGAGCGGAUGUGGAUGCAGCCACUCUAGCUCGAAUUGACCUGGAGCGCAGGAUUGAAUCUCUCAACGAGGAAAUUGCGUUCCUUAAGAAAGUGCACGAAGAGGAGAUCCGUGAGCUGCAAGCCCAGCUUCAGGAACAGCAGGUCCAGGUGGAGGUGGACAUGUCCAAGCCAGACCUCACGGCUGCCCUCAGGGACAUCCGGGCUCAGUAUGAGACCAUCGCGGCUAAGAACAUCUCGGAAGCCGAGGAGUGGUACAAGUCAAAGGUGUCUGACCUGACCCAGGCAGCCAACAAGAACAAUGAUGCGCUGCGCCAGGCCAAACAGGAGAUGAUGGAGUAUCGCCACCAGAUCCAGUCCUACACUUGCGAGAUCGACGCCCUCAAGGGCACUAACGACUCGCUGAUGAGGCAGAUGCGGGAGCUGGAGGAACGCUUUGCUAGUGAGGCCGGCAGCUACCAGGACAACAUCGCACGCCUGGAGGAGGAGAUCCGACACCUCAAGGAUGAGAUGGCCCGCCACCUGCGCGAGUACCAGGACCUGCUCAAUGUCAAGAUGGCCUUGGACGUGGAGAUUGCCACCUACCGGAAGCUGCUGGAGGGCGAGGAGAGCCGGAUCAACCUCCCUAUCCAGACCUUCUCUGCCCUCAACUUCCGAGAAACAAGCCCCGAGCAAAGGGGUUCUGAGGUCCAUACCAAGAAGACAGUGAUGAUCAAGACCAUUGAGACCCGGGACGGGGAGGUCGUCAGUGAGGCCACACAGCAGCAACACGAGGUGCUCUAAAGCCAGAGACCCCUCUGCCAUCAGAGACCGUCCUCACCCCUGUCCUCACUGCCUCCUAAAGCCAACCUCCUUCUAUCCCAGGGCACCACACCCAGACACAGUGCUCCCCUCACAGCCUCUGACCCCUGCUCACCGACCAGCGCUCCCUCACAGGGGACGUGGCCGAACCCUCCCAGGCACAGGGAGCCCCCCGCUGUAUGAGGUGUGGAUGUUGGAAGUGAGUGAGCCUGGCCCUCAGCUGCCCUCGUAGUGUGCUGGGCAGAGCCGGGAUGGAGACAAGGCACAGCAGUGACCCUGCCCCUCCCACACCUGUGACCUCAGGCUCUAGCCCCUGGCUUUGGAGAGGACUCCAGCGCAGGGUGUAGGGACCCCGCAGGGUCAGGCUCAAGCCCCAUGGACCUCCCCCACGCCCCCUCCCCAGCCUGAGUCAGAAAGGGCCGCAUCCUCAGCAAGCCGGGCAGGUGACUAGGGACACAGCCCUCUGCGGAGGCUGUGGGGCUUGAGACUGACCCCGUGGUCCAUUACUUUCCCAGGGUGGACUUAGAAAGCAGGGGCUGCAAGAGGGAACCCCCGAAGGUGCCAGAUGUGGGAGCAGGAGAUUCAGAAGGAGAGAGGGUGGGCGAGAUGCUAGAGAGAAGAGAGGAGAGAGGCAGAGAGCGGUCUCAGGCAGGUGGCCGGGGUGCCCACUUCCCUGUGCCUCCCCCUCCCCUGCUGCAGAGGCUCUGGACAGAAACAAUAAAAAGAAAAGCACAAGCCUAGCAUGGCCUCUGCUGUCUUGGCUGCCAGGUCUCCUCUGGGGAACCCCAGGGCCCCGUCGCACCACCUCAUGAGAUGGACUGUGUGCUGCCUUCCUGCCCAGCUAGACUGUCCCCCGGGGCCUGUCACCCCUUCUGUCCCCAGAGCCU